UCUCUUUGCGCGCUUUGCGAAGCGCGUCGGGCUCUCCUCUCUCCAACCGCGCCUGCAGAAUUCAUCCCUCCCUCCCUGUUUCUCUCUCUCUCUCUCUCUCUCUAUCCCUCUCACAGAAGGUGUUUUAACUUUACGAAGGCGACAACAUUUCAUUCUCAAGGUAAACGCUUUAUUGGGAAGGGAGACCUUGUAGGAGGAGAGGGAGAUAACGAGACUGUGACGGCGGCGUUUUGCCGAGCGGAGACCUGUUCAGCCCGAAAUGACUAUUUCUUGAAAUGAGAAAGUCUUAGAAAUGUCUUUUUCCCUGGGCGACACCGUCAGCAUCACAGCCACAAUGUACAGGCGGAAACAAGCGAGUGUUUGCAUCCUCCAAACAAUAUUUGGAUUGUCAAGAACUCAAAGAUCUGAGAGUGCUGAAUGCUGAAUGUCAUUAACACCUUCACUGAAAUCAGCGCACGCCAUUGAGGAGCACAUCCUGUUUUAUUUCACCUGUCACUUUCCCAUCUCUUUGCAAGAGCUAACAUCACUAAGAAGCUCCCCCUGCGUACCUUUUGACACCUGUUGCUAUGGAGAAUCUCAGUGAGCUCCAGAACCCGUUGUUGGACAAAAACAGUAAGCACAUGGUCAACGGUUAUGGGGGUGACUUCCCUAAUAACCAGUACCAGGAAAACAUUAUUAAUUACUUUGCUGGUGGAGGAGAGGGAGGAGGAGGAGGAGGAAAGGUGAAUAACGGCAACGUAGUGAGCGGAAGUAGUUACAAUACCAAUGGGAAGAUGAAAUCUCAGCAGCUUUUGGACGCCACCUCACUGCAUCUGGCGGUAGAGGCAUUCUACAGGCCCAACUUCAUCCUGUACAAGGAGGACAGUGGCAGCAUUAAGGCUAAGGAAUAUAAAAGCGAGUGCUGUGAGACCACAUUCACAGAGAAAAAGGCAAAGGAGGCAUCCAACACAGCGGGGGCGGACACGCCUGGCACCGAGGAUCCCCAGGCGAAGCUGCUGGAGGACGGCGAACACAUCAAGAUCCAAACCGUUUCCUAUGAGGUCGAGGAGGAGGAGUAUGUGGAGUAUGAGACGGACUGCUCCAGCGACAGCGAGGACAACUUCAUAGUUGUCCCUCCACGAGACCACCUGGGCCUGGCCAUCUUCUCCAUGCUCUGCUGUUUCUGGCCUCUGGGGAUCGCAGCAUUUUACUUUUCACAGGGGACCACCAAGGCAGUGAACAAAGGUGACUUCCCACUGGCCAACAUCGCCUCCAGACGGGCUUUGUUCCUCGCUGCUCUCUCCAUCACCAUAGGCACCGGUGUGUAUGUGGGGGUGGUGGUAGCUCUCAUCGCCUACCUUUCUAAACCAGGACACAUAUAGCAGCUGCACCUUCCCUCCAACACACCUCCCAGGAGCCCAGGAAAAGAACAACUUCCCCCCCUCCCAAGGGAAUGGCAUUGCUCCUGCACACUUCGAGGAAAUGUUUUUUGGUUUCAGGGAUGCACAGUUUUUUUCCCCUCCACCUUCCUUUCUUUCCAGCUUUCUCUCCCUACAGGCCCUCUGGCAGCCACCAUUAGCCACAGUGACUGGAGAGAGAGGUCAAGCUGGAGGGUGAGAAGAAGGGGAAUUGGGGAUAGACAAAGUUUUUCUUUUGUUGAGACAGUGAGAGGGUUUGAGUAAUGGAAGUAUUCCAUGUUGGAGUCCAGUUUGCAUCCCCUGUUGGCUUCAUCCUCUUUUUCCUGGUUUUAACUUCCAAGACCCCGACAGACACAUCGAGGAGAAGAGACAGAGGCGAUAACGCUGCACACUUAAGCAGUUAUUAAAGAGCAGAGGUAUAGGUGGGUUAGAAAUCAACACAAAAUCACUCUUAAACCAACUCAAUGUCAUUGCGGUUUGAACUGCAGUUAAAAUAAGAGUCUCUCUGUGGAGUCCCGACUCCUGUCAUCUGACUUGAGCUGCCCUCAUCGACUCAAAAACACCAAGGCUGCAUUUGUCUCUCGGCUCACUGCCUCACAGCAGAUGACCACACUCGCAUUUUCUGAAAUCAUAACAAAGGAGGGUUUUCCUUUUGCAGAGAAACUUUAGAAAAGAAAAUACAGACCUGUUAAUUAUAAUUUAAAUCAAAGAAGCUCUCAGAGGGGAAAAAAAAAGAUCAAACACAAUCAGAAGCUGUUUCUGACUCAUUGAACGAUAUGCACUGGCAUGAAUUACAAGAAUCUCAAUGGAGCCUCAGGCCUGUAUUUUUACCUCUGAGGUGUCCAUCAAAGACAGGCUCUGAAAGCUAACAAAAUCUGUUUAUGCCAGAUAUGGUUUGCCUACGUACACGCAAAUGUGCUUUGUUUUUAUGUUGUCUUUUUGUGUUCCUUGCUGUCUAACGGCACCUUGAUUAAUCUUGCUUUAAGGAAUGUUCAUUUAUAGCCUUUGAAGUAAAGCACAUGCGAGGUGGCCAGAUGGUCAGAAUUUCAGAAGGAGGGCGACUGAGUAGCUCACCUAGUAGAGCGCUAAUAUGACG